AUGGCCGACAAGCUGGAUACCACCAUAGCGCACCUCGACAAGACCGGCGAUGCCGAGGUGCGUGGCGUCAACAAUGCCGCUUUGGCGGUAGCCACCCUGCAACAGAAACCCAGCCUGUGGAGUAAGAGUAUGGUGAAGCUCUACUGGUGCAUCCUCGUCGCCAUGCUCAACUCAUGCAUCAACGGAUACGAUGGCUCGCUCAUGGGCUCGAUCAACAGUUACGAGCAAUACCGAUCGUACUUCGGAUUUGAUCCAGACGAGGGUACCCCGUCCACGGGUAUCGUGUAUGCGAUCUACACGAUUGGCAACAUCGUCGGUUCGUUCACGGCCGGUCCGUUUACUGAUUUCCGAGGCCGUCGUGUCGGAAUGGCCAUCGGUGCCAUCUUCAUCAUCAUCGGCACCGUCGUCCAAGCCUCCUGCCACAACUUGGGCGGCUUCAUGGCCGGCCGCUUCAUCCUCGGUUUCGGUGUCGCUACUUCCGCUACUGCCGGACCGGCCUAUGUCUCCGAGAUCGCGCAUCCGGCCUACCGUGGUGCUAUGACGGGUCUUUACAACGUGCUGUGGUUCGGUGGUGGCAUUCCGGGGACGUUCAUCCCGUGGCGGACUAGCGACAUCGCGGGUGACAUGAGUUGGCGUAUCCCGAUUUGGCUGCAGAUGAUAUUCUCUGGUUGUUCGCCCCGUUGGCUCAUCUCGCAGGACAAGCACGAAGCGGCGCUCAAGGUCCUGGCUGAAUACCACGGCGAUGGGGACCGAAAUGCCCCGAUCGUGCAGCUGGAGUAUCGCGAGAUGAUUGAGGAUAUCUCCAAGACGGGUUCCGAUAAGCGAUGGUGGGAUUACCGCGAGUUGUUCAACAGCCGCGAGACGAGAUAUAGAUCGAUGUUGGUGAUUUUCAUGGCUUUCUUCGGCCAAUGGUCCGGCAACGGGCCCGUAUCCUACUACUACCCGCAAAUGCUCCGCGGCGCCGGUAUCGAAAACAACAGCACGCGGCUCCUGCUCCAAGGCCUGCAGAACGUGGUGCAGUUCAUCGGUGCCGUGGCCGGUGCCCUGGUAACUGACCGCGUUGGUCGUCGUCCGCAACUGCUCAUCUCGACCGCCAUCAUCGUCGUUCUGUUCUCCAUUGUGACAGCCCUGAACGCCACCAACGUGAUUGACGGCCCUGACGGCGAACCGACCGCUAAAUCCGGCAUCACGGCUCGUGCUCAGAUUGCUAUGAUCUUCAUCUUCGGGUUCGUGUACUCGGCCGGUUGGACGCCUAACCAGGCUAUGUAUCCUGUCGAGUGUCUGCGCUAUGAGAGUCGAGCUAAGGGAAUGGGUAUGAAUAAUUUCUUCGUCAACAUCGCCUCCUUCUACAAUACCUUCGUCACUGGCAUCGCCUUCUCCGGCGCCGGCUGGAAAUACUACUUCCUGUUUAUCUUCUGGGACACGUUGGAGUUCCUGGUCAUCUACUUCCUGUUCGUUGAGACGAGCAAGCGCACUCUUGAGGAGUUGACGUCUAUCUUCCAGGCUACGAGUCCCAAGAAGGCCUCGUUGCAGAAAGACGAGGUCUUUGUCGCUGGGGGUGAGGCGGCAGAGAUUACGAAGGAAGUGCCCUGA